UAACAAACUGUUGCGCGGACAUCUCGUACACAAUUCCGUUUCGCCGGUCGCUAUCAAAAUCAUAGCAAAAGCGUUUUUAAUCUCGCAAUGGACGAAGACGACGAUCUACUAGCUGCUCUGGAUAUACCUCCAGCCCCGAAACAAUCUGCCGUAAGUGAAACAGAUGCAUCACCGAAUGCCCCAGCAGCAUCUACCAGCGCCGGCACUACCGAACAAACACCCGUCGUCGUAGCGAAGGUAAACAAAAGCCACUGCAUCCUGGUCAACCCGAAGCAACGCUGCAAUCCACUGCUAAAAGCGAUCCAAAACAUUCCAUGGGAGUAUGACGACAUCGUGCCGGACUAUGUGGUCGGUGCGAGUGCCUGCAUCCUGUUCCUUUCGCUGCGCUAUCACAACCUUAACCCGGACUACAUCCAUGCCCGGCUGAAGCAGUUGGGCAAAAUGUACGAGCUGCGUGUGUUGCUCGUGCAGAUCGACAUUUCCGAGCCGCAGAAUGCGCUGAAACAUCUGACCCGUAUCUGUUUGCUGGCCGAUCUGACGCUUAUGCUGGCCUGGAAUGCGGAUGAAGCGGGACGGAUUGUGGAGAAGUAUAAGCUGUUUGAAAACCGACCGCCGGACUGGAUUAUGGAACGGGCGGAGAAAUAUCCGCACGAGAAACUGGUGCGUGCACUGACCAGCAUUAAGCCGGUUAACCAGACGGAUGCGAUGAUACUGCUGCAGAACUAUGGGACGCUUGGGAAGUUGAUCAACACGACCGAGGAGAAGCUGAGCAUGUGUUCGGGGCUGGGGCCAAGAAAGGUGAAGAAGUUGCACAAAACAUUCAGUGAAAAUUUUCGCAAGCAGUAGUUAAUCACUUAAUAUAAGCUUAAUUGAUAUCCUCAUAAAUUUAAUUUCGUUCUAUUUAAAUUUUAAAAAAAUAUACCGAAAGAUUAAUUCACAUCUUCAAAGAGCUCACCAUCAAUCAUCAUGUUUUACUAUUACAAAGAAAAAUUAAGAUGAAUAAAGAAUUAGAAUGUUACCAA